AUGCAUUUCUUGGACAGAGAUCUUCUUGCAAAGGCUGCAUUAGAAAAUGGCAGCAACUACCUAUCUUCAUUAUUGGAAGCUCAAAAUGCAGAUGGGCAAACAGCUCUCCACUUAGCUUGUAGACGUGGUAGUGCAGAACUUGUCGAGACAAUUUUGGAGUAUAGAGAAGCAGAUGUUGAUGUAUUAGACAAAGAUGGAGAUCCUCCUCUUGUUUUUGCAUUAGCAGCUGGGUCCCCAGAAUGUGUUCGGAGCCUUAUCAAGAGAAAUGCCAAUGUGAAGUCAAGGUUGAGAGAUGGUUUUGGUCCUUCUGUAGCUCACGUUUGUGCCUAUCAUGGCCAGCCAGAUUGUAUGCGAGAAUUACUAUUAGCUGGAGCUGAUCCUAAUGCAGUGGAUGAUGAAGGUGAGUCUGUUUUGCAUAGAGCAAUUGCCAAGAAGUACACAGACUGUGCUCUUGUGAUAUUGGAGAAUGGAGGCUGUAGAUCAAUGGCCAUCGUGAAUUCAAAGAAUCUGACACCACUGCACUUGUGUGUGGCAACAUGGAAUUUUGCUGUUGUGAAGAGAUGGGCCGAAGUUGCAACUUCUGACGAGAUUGCUGAAGCAAUUGACAUACCAAGCCCCAUUGGUACUGCCUUGUGCAUGGCAGCUGCUUCUAAGAAAGACCAUGAAAAGGAGGGCAGAGAACUGGUGCGGAUACUGCUUGCAGCAGGAGCGAAUCCAUCUGCUCAAGAUUCACAAAAUGGGAGGACAGCUUUGCAUACUGCUGCAAUGACUAAUGAUGUGAACUUGGUUCAGGUUAUUCUGGCUGCUGGAGUUGAUGUGAACAUUCGCAAUGUGCAUAACAGUAUACCUCUUCACUUGGCCUUAGCUAGGGGUGCAAAGGCAUGUGUUGGACUGCUUCUAGCUGCUGGAGCAGAUUAUAAUUUGCAGGAUGACGAUGGUGACAAUGCUUUCCAUAUAGCAGCAGAGACAGCAAAAAUGAUUCGUGAAAAUAUGAACUGGCUUAUUACUAUGCUAAGGAACCCUGAUGCUGACAUUGAAGUCAGAAACCACAGUGGGAAGACAGUACGUGACAUUUUAGAGGCUCUCCCCCGAGAAUGGUUAUCUGAAGAUCUGAUGGUAGCACUUAUGAAUAGGGGAGUUCAUUUGUCUCCGACAACAUUUGAAGUGGGAGACUGGGUGAAGUUUAAAAAAUCUGUCACAACUCCAACGCAUGGAUGGCAAAGUGCUAAUUUACAGAGUGUUGGUUUUGUGCAAAGUGUUCCAGACAGAGAUAAUCUCAUUGUUUCAUUUUGUUCUGGAGAGGUUCAUCUUCUGGCAAAUGAAGUUAUAAAAGUUGUUCCAUUGGACAGGGGACAACAUGUACAAUUGAAAGAAGAAGUAAAAGAGCCUAGAGCAGAAUACAAAGAUAAAGUUCAAGGAAAGUGCCAGGAAUCAACGGGGCAUAUAGCAGAAGCUGACGAAAAAAUUGAGGGAAGUCCUAUCUUUGACACAAAGGAAGAUCCAACAACCAAACUGAAGGUAACAUUGGAGGUUUUGGGUUUGGGUAGUACCAUCAAUUCUCCACAGAAUCACAGUAAAGUGGAGAAUAUUGAUAAUUCUCAGCUACAACCACGUGCAUUACUUCCAUCAUCCAAUCCAUCUUGGCCUUGCACUGGCAGCAGUGCAGUUUGCAAGAGAACCAAGGGAUCUUCUUGUUAUAACCGAAGAGGCUUUGAUGAUCUGUUUCAUGGACAAAUUGACUGUACAAAAGGAGCAUUAGAAGAGCAGCAUGGGGGCAUUGACAUGUUUGUGUUUGACCCAGGUGGAGUGAAGUCUAUUCUUCAUCUGCAGGAUGGGGAUGGCUUGAUAAUCAUGUUCAACUAG